AGGCCUGAGGCCUGAAUCGUGACCGCAUCACCGACCGUGGCCUGCUACUAUAUCAAGUUCCGUGGCUCGUGGUUGGCUCACCGUGAUAUCUGCUCAUUGAUCACCGUUGUUCAUAGUUGCUCAUGCGCUCCCACGCUGAGUCACCUUGAGUCGCUUGCUAUAGGUUUUAAUUGAUCGUUAAGCUUUGAUCUUGGUUGCAUACUGCACUGAGUCUGUACCUAUGAACGCCAUGGCCGCCACGAAGACCCCAGUGUCCUCUGAGUCAGCCCCGAGCACAGUGAAUGAGUUAGACAAGCAGGCACCACCCCCAUUCGGGCACUCGAUGCACAAGCUCUUUGAGUUUGAUCCAUCUUACGUGAACCUCAAUCAUGGUUCAUAUGGUUCAUUACCCAUGCCAGUUAGAAUUGCAUGCGAUAAACUCGCCACUCGCAUCGAAGCCAACCCAGACAAAUUCAUACGUAUCGAAUGCAUUCACCACUGGAACGAGGCUCGUACUCGAGUCGCCAAGCUGAUAGGUGCAGAGACUGAUGAGUGCGUUUUGGUGAAUAAUACAACGCACGGUAUAGCCACGGUUCUCCGCAACUUCGAGUGGCAUGAAGGAGAUGUCAUUAUUGGCAUGACUACAACGUAUGGUGCUGUGUCCCGAGGGAUCAUGUAUCUUGGAGAUAUGCCACCACAUCCACAGGUGUCCACUUUCAAUCUUCAAUUUCCUACCACACAUGCAGAGAUACUGGAAAGCUGGCGAAAACACAUCCGCCGAGUGACUUCCGAAGGGAAUGACCUCCAGCAGACCCGCAAGGUCGUUGCCGUAGUAGACGCCAUCGUGUCGAACCCUGGUGUACGUCUUCCUUGGAAAGAAAUGGUGACCAUUUGCAGGGAUGCAGGCGUUUUGACAGUAGUCGAUGCCGCGCAUUCAAUUGGCCAGGAAGUAGACAUCAACUUGUCGGAGGCAAAGCCUGAUUUUUGGGUAUCGAAUUGCCACAAAUGGCUCUUUGCAAAGAGAGGCUGCGCAGUCCUUUACGUCCCCAAGCGGAACCAGCAUAUUAUCAAGUCCCCUAUAUCCACUCCACACAAUUAUCUCUCACCUCAAGAUGAGGACUACAACGGCCCACAAAAAUUCGUGAGGCUUUUUGAAUGGACAGGAACCAUAGAUUAUGUACCCCUCCUGAGCAUCAAUGCAGCCUUAGACUUUAGACAGUGGCUCGGUGGCGAGCAAAAGAUAAACGAAUUACUCACAAUCUUGCAAUCGCAGAUGCAGUUUUCUGCUUUUAUGCCGCAUUUCACAGUCCUUGGUCAGGUCAAUGUGGAACUGCCCAUUCCUGGGGAGAUCAAAUAUUCGGAUGAAAUCAAUGCCCUGCUGCAAAAUACGUUGUUGAUCGAAGUGGAACACAUUUCGGAUUUCGAGGUUCUUGCGAAUGCUUUCAAGGACGCGUGUCAAAAAGUUGUGAAGUUUGCGAGGCAAUGA